GUGGGAGGGGCAGGGGGAGCCGCGGGGCGCCCGGGGCAGGGGACGCGGGCGGAACCGGGGUGCGCGGCCUCCGGGUGGGACCGCCCCGCCCGGCGCCGGCUCCCCUCGGCUCAUCCCCCCUCUCCCCAUCUCACUUUCUCCCUCCUCUCCCCUCCGUCCUCCUGUCUCCCCCCAAACCUGCAGCUGCCACACGGUUCGCUUCUGCGGUUUGUUUAAAAAAAAAAAAAAAAAAAAAAAAAAGAAUCCGAAUAGGUCCGAGGUGCUUUCUCCUAGAGCUGGAGCACAGUUUCUACCCCAGGCAUUGGUCCGAGAGCCUGCCUGCUUCCCGCAGCUGCCUCCGGGGGGCACCUGGGCCCGGGGCCCCCGGCGCUCCGAGCCCCCUGGAAGCCGGCGUUGGUGGGGCGCAGAAGGGGGAGCGCACGCAGAAAGUGACAGGCAGGGGCGCCCGGCUGGGGCUGCGGGCUGGACCGGGCGAGCAGGCGGGAGGGGACAGCCCAGACUCUCUCGGCCUCACGCCCUGUGAUAACCUGCAGCUAUGGAAUCGCCAACCAAGGAGAUUGAAGAAUUUGAGAGCAACUCUCUGAAAUACCUGCAACCCGAACAGAUCGAGAAAAUCUGGCUUCGGCUCCGAGGGCUGAGGAAAUAUAAGAAAACAUCCCAGAGGUUACGGUCUUUGGUCAAACAGUUAGAGAGAGGGGAGGCUUCAGUGGUAGAUCUUAAGAAGAAUUUGGAAUAUGCAGCCACAGUGCUUGAGUCUGUAUACAUUGAUGAAACCAGGCGACUCCUGGACACAGAGGAUGAGCUCAGUGACAUUCAAUCAGAUGCUGUGCCUUCCGAGGUCCGAGACUGGCUGGCCUCCACCUUCACACGGCAGAUGGGGAUGAUGCUCAGAAGGAGCGAGGAGAAGCCGAGGUUCAAGAGCAUUGUCCACGCAGUGCAGGCUGGGAUAUUCGUGGAGAGAAUGUAUAGACGGACAUCAAACAUGGUUGGACUGAGCUACCCACCAGCCGUUAUUGAAGCAUUAAAGGAUGUGGACAAGUGGUCCUUCGAUGUCUUUUCCCUCAAUGAAGCCAGCGGGGAUCAUGCACUGAAAUUCAUUUUCUAUGAAUUACUCACACGCUAUGAUCUGAUCAGCCGUUUCAAGAUCCCCAUUUCUGCACUUGUCUCAUUUGUGGAGGCCCUGGAAGUGGGAUACAGCAAGCACAAAAAUCCCUACCACAAUUUAAUGCAUGCGGCUGACGUUACACAGACUGUGCAUUACCUCCUCUAUAAGACAGGAGUGGCGAACUGGCUGACGGAGCUGGAGAUCUUUGCUAUAAUCUUCUCAGCUGCCAUCCACGACUAUGAGCACACCGGAACCACCAACAAUUUCCACAUUCAGACCCGGUCUGACCCAGCUAUUCUGUACAACGAUAGGUCUGUAUUGGAAAAUCACCAUUUAAGUGCAGCCUACCGUCUUCUGCAGGAGGAUGAGGAAAUGAAUAUUUUGAUCAACCUCUCGAAAGAUGACUGGAGGGAGUUUCGGACCUUGGUAAUUGAGAUGGUGAUGGCCACGGAUAUGUCCUGUCAUUUCCAACAAAUCAAAGCCAUGAAGACUGCUCUGCAGCAGCCAGAAGCAAUUGAAAAGCCGAAAGCGUUGUCUCUGAUGUUGCACACAGCAGACAUUAGCCAUCCAGCAAAAGCCUGGGAACUCCACCAUCGCUGGACAAUGUCACUCCUGGAGGAGUUCUUCCGACAGGGUGAUAGAGAAGCAGAGCUGGGGCUGCCUUUCUCUCCUCUGUGUGACCGAAAGUCGACCAUGGUUGCCCAGUCGCAAGUAGGUUUCAUAGAUUUCAUCGUGGAACCCACCUUCACUGUGCUCACGGACAUGACAGAAAAGAUCGUGAGUCCACUCAUUGAUGAAACGUCUCAAACUGGUGGGACAGGACAGAGGCGUUCAAGUUUAAACAACAUCAGUUCGUCAGACGCCAAGCGAUCAACCGUCAAGAGCUCUGGCUCAGAAGGAAGUGCCCCAAUCAACAAUUCCGUCAUCCCCGUUGAUUACAAGAGUUUUAAAGCCACAUGGACUGAGGUGGUGCACAUCAAUCGGGAGAGAUGGAGGGCCAAGGUGCCCAAAGAGGAGAAAGCCAAGAAAGAAGCAGAAGAAAAGGCCCGCCUGGCCGCAGAGGAGAAGCAGAAGGAAAUGGAAGCCAAGAGCCAGGCGGAAGACGGUGCAGCUGGCAAAGCUGAGAAAAAGGCUUCUGGGGAAGCGAAGACUCACCCCGUCAAUGGAACCCGAACAAACAAAAGCGACAACCCUCAUGGGAAAAAUCCCAAAGCUGAGAAGUCGGCAGGAGAAAAGCAACAGAAUGGUGACUUGAAAGAAGGUAAAAAUAAGACAGACAAGAAGGAUCAGUCCAAUGUCGGAAAUGAUUCCAAGAAAGCAGAUGAUUCAGAAGAGUAAAACACAUCUCAUAGACAAUAAGAGGGGCUGCCAAUGUCUUGCAUCAUUUUAGCUGAGCUUCUUCAUUCUCUUCUCCUUCCACAAAGACCCCUAUCUGGGGAAGGUGUACAACUUUCAAAAACAAGCCCCCCACACUUGGCCUUCUCUCAUGUCAUGUACUUCCAGGAGGUGACUUCCUGGGAGCUGGUUUGAGGUCUUAGAACCGUGGGGGAACACCCUCUACUCCAAGCAAACAACACAGCGUCAGGUUUUUUGCACAAACAGAAACAAAACAUGAAGGGACUUCCUCAAAAUCCUUUGCUAAUGCCCUGGCUUUCAAGGCACCUGUCUGGCCUGCUGGGAAUGGACAUCCUGGAGAUGCUGAGAGAGGCCUGAAAAAGCCACACACGCAGGAAUUGCCAUUGUAUUACUGUCAAUGCCAUUACCUGAUAUGGUGUUAUUUUUGCACUGGUUGCCGAUGGUGGAUACAGCUCGGCUGGCCUUCAGCGCAGCUAAGAUGAUGAUUUUGCUCUCUGGUUAUUACUUUCCUAAGUCAGAAACAUUCCUUUUCUCCAGUUUCCUUUCAGACUUGUUCAUAUGCUUUUUCUUUCCAUUUAUAUAAUAUGAAAUUUUCUUUGUUUUAUAAAAAAAAAAGGAGAUUUUCCUAUAGGACUCUUUAUUCGAUGGUUAAUUUACCUGUGCAUUCAUUAAUAUAAACCUGAAUGUUUCAACUCAUUACCAUAUUGGUCAGGUGGGAAACCCAGUGUUUUCAUUGGGUAACAUCCAUAACUGAGUGGUUACUGUAAUUUUUACCACGGGCUGGUCCUCUUCUUUUGAAUAUGUAUGGUUUGACUUCAUUGCUCUUCUUUCUAUUCAGGGAAGCACUACAGAAUUAGUAUCAGGGAGAUAUGUCCAGUAUUUUUUUUUUUCAUUUUUGUGAGCCUUUAGAUAUACCAGGUAGGAGAUGAUUAGUAGCACAAGUCAAAAGUAAGGAUAGUGGAGGUAGCCUGGAAAGAGAAUAAAAAUACAGCCUCCUGAAGCCAAGUCAACAGUGGGAUCCAAUGGAGUGCAAGUCAAGUAAUUUUGUGGAUCUGAAUGGUGUGAUUUGGGUAAAACCGAUUCUUAAGAUGUGGUGGUGGCUCAGAAAGGAAUCUUUGUAGAUCACAUGAAUAUGUUGGUGAUGGAGGAGAAUGAGUAAGAGGAAGAGAAAGAGCUAGACAAUAGUCUCAAGUGUGUUCCUUGUUGCAGAUUGCAUUUCCACAUUAAACAAGCACAAAAACAAACAUUUAAAAAAAUCCUCUCGGAGUUCCCGUUGUGGCACAGUGGUUAACGAAUCCGACUAGGAACCAUGAGGUUGCGGGUUCAGUCCCUGCCCUUGCUCAGUGGGUUAACGAUCCGGCGUUGCCGUGAGCUGUGGUGUAGGUCUCAGACGCGGCUCGGAUCCCGCGUUGCUGUGGCUCUGGCGUAGGCCAGUGGCUGCAGCUCCGAUUCGACCCCUAGCUUGGGAACCUCCAUAUGCCGCGGGAGCGGCCCAAAGAAAUAGCAAAAAGACAAAAAAAAAGAAAAAAAAAAUCCUCUCAUCACGAAGGCAAAAUGUUGGUGUUUCUUCAGACAGAAAGAAGGAGAAUAUGGUAUGUGGUCUGCAAGGCCUUUUGUUCCCCGACAGAAAGCUCUGCAGAACUGCUGUAUAGAAUGCACCAUCACGUACUGAUAUUAGAGAAGGGUUUUUAAAGGAAUCUAAAUGUUACAUAAACCUAACAUUUAGCUUGUAAGAACAUGGAUUUUUCUGUUGCUCCUCCUGUUUUCCUAACAGUAACCGCAGUAAACCAUGUGGUCACCCAUUCAAAACAGGAGCCUAGCAAGUCAAGUAAAUGAGUAAAGCAAGCAUGAUAUUAGAAUGAUUGUGGUAAAUGGCAGUUCAAAGUGGCCUGGGUAUCGGUGAGGCAGUAAAGGGCUGCAGGGGCUGCGAGGAGGUGGGUGGGGAGGUGCUGCCAGUCGGGGCUGUUGCUAGGCAGCUCUGGGAUUAGUGCUGUGUAGGAAUGAGGGGCCCAAGAUACCUAAGAUUUUAUAUAAACACUCUCCAGUUUUUUUUAAUAUUGGCAACUCAUUCAGAAACUUACAAACACUGUGCUGGCCAAAGAAAACAUGCCUGUGAACUGCAUUCAGUACCUGGGACAUCAGUUUGCAAACGAUGUUCUUUGGGGUGGUGUGGUUUCAUAUAGGAGUGAAAUACAACCAAUGCAUGUCAGAUCUUGACCUUGGAAUCUGAACCUUUUACCUCGUUUCAGUUCUGUAUUUUUCUGUGAAGAGCUUUGCAGCCAGUCAAAAUGGAAAGCCUGCAGCUCCCCUUUUUAUAUACUGACAAGCAAGACUGCACACUAUUUGAAACAGAAAUAGGAAUAUAGCCAUUUUUUUCUAGCACCAAUAAAGAUGGGAAUGUUUUUCAUUUGCUUUAAGUCAUCCAUUUAGCUGGAAAAGAAUGGGAAGAGAAUUUUAUUCAGGUUAGCACUCUGCUUGGAACCCUCAGUGUGGAAAAACAAAAGCCCCAUGUAACUCUUAUUCUAAAAUCCUUAUUAAGUGUUUUGAAGGGACACUGAUCAAAAAAGCAAAAUUGUUUAUUUUUUUAAUUAAAAAAUAAUGUACUACUGUGCUAUAAAUUGAUGCUGGAGCUGGUAAGACAGCAGUAUUGACUGACAGCUCAGUAUUUCCGGGGCUUUAGCUCACUUGCUAAAGGUCAUUCAGUUCUCUUGAGAAUUUCCUCCAAGUUGAGCAGUGAUGUGGGACAGACCUUCUUCCCUGGCAUGGGUUACAGCAUCUUCCUCUGCGUUCCACUGUUACAUAGAAAACAAAGGCUGACACACCUGAGUUAACAAUUCACCAGUAUGUGGGGAAAGUACUAGGGUCAUUCCCACCAGUGACAACCACAGGUUCUACGUGUUCCUGGGUAGAAAGUGACAAACGGAGUUAGCCCUUGAGUUUGGGUCCCCAGGUCACCAAAUAGCUCUACAGCCCAGUUUUGGUGAUACAGUGUGUUUCGGUGCCAUAAUGGCGGAUCCAUAGACAGGCCUUUGUUCCAACUUAUACUCAUGCCAACCAACCUUUCUUAGGUUAUGAGCCCUAGUUGCUUAUGGUAGCAGGCAAGAAACCCAUUUCUAAUUCAUGAAAUUCAAAUAGGUUUUCUCCCUAUGUCCAUUUUAUUCCUGGCGCUUUAAAAAAACUAUUGACAUGUGACAGGAUCUCAUUAAGGACCUGAUACACUUAAAUUAGUAAACUGAUAGCAGACAUCUGAGAGCCAAAGAACAAUCUAGGAUAUCUGUUCAUUUCUUUUGUAGAAUUAAAGCCAUUAUAUUCUAUUUGCCACUUGAAAUUAUGCCUCUAGUAAAUGUGAAAAAUAAAAAGUCAAGAGCAAUAUUAUCACAGGAUGGGAUACAGAGAGCGGAUAAAAAGAUGGAGACCAAUUUUGUAAUCCAUAUUUUAGGAGUAAGGAUACUAGCUUUUUAGUAUUUUCGUAUCACUUCUGUCAUGGAUCACUUUUCUUUGGAUAGGUAGAUAGAUAGAUAGAUGGAUAAACAGAUAGGAAGAUGACAGAUAGAUAGAUAAGGUAGAUAAUAGGUAGAUAGGUAGGAAGAGAUAAUAAUUUUCUUCUAUUCUUAACCUUUGAGCAGAGACUUACAUGAUAGAAAUGACUUCAUAAUAUUCAUUUCCCAUGGAGUAAGGAGGAAAACAAAAGAAAAAAGGCACAAAUCUUGUUCUCAUAAUGAGAUAGAGAAGAUCCUGAGACUGAAACCUGCAUGUGUAGUAGUAUGUCCCCAAUAAAUGGGAUUUUAGGGAAUCAACUUCAUUCUGAUUCUGAGAUUCUCCCACAUACCACAGGAGUUGCAGCCCUGGCCCACCACAGUGCCUGCAUACACUUAGCAUUCUGGAAACACAUGCAGAAUUGGCCAACUGAAUUCCACUACUCUCCUGAGUACAAACGGAGUUCCAAUCUACCUGAAAAUGUACUCAACAGCUUCUAUAUGUCAAUCAUUGCUCAAGGCUUAUGCUCUAAGUAUGUGCAGACACACCCUUGUGACACAAAUAGCUUUUUACCAGGGAUCGGAAACUGCAAGCAGCGUGGGGAAAAUGAUCAGAGCCAAGUUUAUGACCAUAAUUAAAAUUUCUCUAUGGUCUUUGGGUUUCAGAAAAACAAAUAAAUGAAAAAGCAAAACCAAAACAAAACCAAAAGAGGAUUUAUAUGAAAAGGCUCUUCCAAAAGGGAUGGAAACACUAAUCCAUAAAGCAUUACCAGUAGAUUUACUUAUAAUCCAAGUUGUAACAUUUAAAAUCCCAGGGAGUUCCCAUUGUGGCUCAGCAGAAGUGAAUCUGACUAGUACCCAUGAGGACGCAGUAUCCUGGAGGAUGUGGGUCCGAUCCCUGGCCUCCUCAGAGGGUUAAGGAUCCUGCGUUGCCGUGAACUGUGGUGUAGGUUGCAGACACGGCUCGGAGCUGGCGUUGCUGUGGCUGUGGUGUAGGCUGGCAGCAAAAGCUCUGAUUCGACCCCUAGCCAGGGAACUUCCAUAUGCCGUGGGUGCGGCCCUAAAAAAUUAAAAAAUAAAAUAAAAUCCAAAAUAGACUUUCUUGAAACAAAAUGGUUUUAUAUGUGCAGCAUUUCCCAAUUUUUCCUCUGCCGAUACUGUGGUCAGUAUAGUAUUAAACCACCACAACACUGGAUGUUAUUUCUUUAACAUUGCAAUAGUGAUAUUAUAUUGGAUCUUCUGUGUGAAUAAGUGGAAAGUAGUAUUUGUAAUUCAUCAACAGUGAUCCAUGAUUAAAGGCCUCAUUAUCACUUAGAAAAUGCACUUAAUGAAAAAGUGUAACCAACAGCACAAUAUUUCUAUAAAAUAUCCCUCUGAGAACCAAGAAACACAUUACCUGCCAGAACCAGAUUUCAGUCAUGAAGAUUCCCUCUCAUUAAAAGAUGCUGGUGGGCACAGAAGCAAUGGUGGAAUUAGAAUGGUCACAGAGCCUCUUGGACGUUACACAGGGUUCAUCCUAUAAGUGAAUUUGGGUCUGGGGAAGUUUAGAAAAAUGGGAAGGAGUUCUCCCUGGACGUUUGCAAAAGACUGGAUGCUCCUCCAGGAAUCGACAAGAAUCGUUUCAUCGAAAGAACAUCUUGUUUUUACAUUGAACAAGAGUAGGGUACGGCAGGCGCCUCGGACAGAAAGCGUCAGGAGAGUCAGCUGAAACAUUAUUAAUUCCUGAUUAUUUUUAACGAAUGCCCCUCCACCUCACCCAUUUUUUUUUCUUUAAAAUGUCAGCAGACAUAUUUGAAAUGAAUUCACAUUUAUUCUGGUUUAUGUUCCCAAGUAGAAAUGGAUUGACACUGGCAAUGGCUGGCCUGACUACAGGAACUUGAACCCAGCCUAGAUUGCCAUCCACUGAACCAAGGGGCGAAGCAGGGGCUGGUGUGUGAGCCCUUCAUCUCACUCAGGGCACACUUACUCAGUCUCCACUGGGGAAAUCCCACCACCUCUGUGUUCAAUGCUGGCUGGGGUAGACCAGCCAGUGGCUCUUGGCAGCCAUGUUUCCUGAACCUCACACAUAAUAUCUUCAUGGGAGCUGGCUUCCGAACCAACAGAGGCAUUUCGCUGUCAGAUGAGGUGCAGGAGAAUUCAUUUAAAAUGAUGCCCAUUAAACGCCAGCAGCUAUGGAUUGGCUUUUAAGUAGAUUGCCCGGGAGGCAUUCCUUGUAUAGAUUUCGCUUCUCUGUUGUGAUCUAUCUUAGGGUAGGUGUUUGUGUGCUAGUGUCCUUGUCUUUGAGUGGGUGUGUGUGUGAUGAUACAGAGUAGAGUCAACCACCAAUCUACAUAGAUUUAUAGUCAAAAUCUACAGCCAUAGGGAUUGUCCGGUCACUGAGUCUAGAGCUAGAACUGUAGAGUAUACAUUUUCCUUUUUUCUUGCUUUGAUGAUAUUUUUAUACAAUUUUAUAUGCUGUAAAAAGUUUAUAAAAAUAUUUGCUAUUUUCCUUUGUAGAGCUUGGUUAGGUUUUUAAUCAACUCUGGUGCCCACUGUACAGCCAGAUUCCUCCUAGUUUAAGCGUUCUCUCCUUUUUUUCAUACUCUUUCUUUCCCCUUUCCCUUAUUUCCUUCUCUCAUUUUUCUGUCUUUUGCAAUUCCUUCUUUUGCCUCUGUCCAGGCAAGCCAUCCUGCUUGCAACAUCGUUUUAGCACAUGGAAACACAAAAUAACGGAAGAAACAAAAUCAUCUUGUUCCAGUGUGAUCCAUAUGAGGAAAUGUUGUGGGCCAGGCACGGGUGUGGGCAGGUGGGGAGGAGGGAAUAGUUUGGGGAAAGGAAGCAAGAAAAAGGAAAUCCUCAUGGGAGAUCAGUUACCUAAAGCAAGGUGACUCGCCGCGAGUCUAGUAGAAGGCUCUUAUCCUCCCUCAGUGUAGGGCACAGUUUGGGCACAAGAUUUUUCUCCUUAGGAUGCUGUGCCCUCCCCAUGGCUCUAUAAACCCUCUCCUUUCUCGGGCACUGGCCAUGUAUGAACGGAUAAUUCAGCUCAUCUCCUCAGCCUUAGAUUUUGCUGCGCUUCAGCUGGAUUUCAGGGAGAUGUCUGGAUUAAAAUCAAGACUUAAAAGAGGGAGAUAAGCAGAACCCAAACCCCAAACCCUAGCCCAAAUGAUGCCGAAUACACAGUUCUUUAGGAGGAGUAAGGAAGGAAUUUCCAGAUAUGUCCUAAGAAAGCUCUUCCCAAAAGGAAGAUGAUAAAAUAGACUUUGUAUUUUCCGGCAGAGAUGGAGUGUACUUCCAUGAUGUGAAAUGUGUUUCUAGCAGAUAAAAUGAAGUUGCAGUUUGCAUUUGUGUCUCAUAAGGCAAGAGAGUGACCAUCCAUUCUCCAGAGUGUUUUGUUCUCUGUGAUGCUGGUUUGUACUAAAAAAAAAAACAACUAUUCAGAUGACAUAGCAUCACAUCUCUAAAUGCAAAAUAAAUCAUAGGGAUUCAUAUAAAACAGAAUAUGCUAAACUACUCUCAAUAAAUUGUGUUUAUUGUGAACCUUUACUGCACAGAUGAGGCCGACACUCCUUCAAUGUAUAAUUUUCCCCCAGCAUCUUGUAACAAAUAAGUACUUGUAUGUUCUUCUGAUUACCAAAUAAAAACAAUGAGUUAACCUCUCUAUUGGAA